UCAGCCUGGGAGGAAGGAAGGAAGUGCCCAAAUAAGCAGGAGGGGCGGCACGGCCCAGCUUGAACACCUUUCUUUGUCAAAGUCACAGGCACAAAGCCGCCAUGAAGACCAUCAGGGUUUUUAUCCUCCUCCUGCUUGCGUCGGUGCAUAUUUUUACACCAGUAUCAUCCAAUGAUAUUGUCGAGAACCAGACGUCAAGGAGUGCAACGACUGUCAAAGCCACGACAAAAAAAGCACUGACAAAGUCCGAGGCUCCCACACAAGCGCCGACGAGCCGGGCACCGGCCACGGUAGCGCCUCUGGCCCAAACCACUAUAAGACCUGUGAAAACUGUCCCGGCGAAGGCGGUGACGACUCCCGCGCCGACGCGGUUCCACGUGACGUCCAUCUCGUCGGCAGCAGGGACAGACGAGAAAAGUCGAUCAUCGACAGAAACUGUACCAAGAAACAGUACUCAGCCCAGCGGCGCCAGCUCGCAGACGAUUGCCGUGAACGAACAGACUCAUGGACCAAGUUCAACCAUGGCUGCAUUGCAACCUGACAACGUCAAGCCUCGACUCGAGACAGGCCUGACCACACAGAAAAGUCCAGGUCUUCAGGUCGGCGGCGGUGACAAAGAGACUGCAAAAGCAGCCACAGAUAAAAGACUUUGGUGGAUUUUACUGCCCAUCCUACUGGUCGUUUCCGCCGCCAUCAUCGUUUUCCGGUUCAAAUGCAAGAAGAUCCACGACCACACAGAGACGAUUGAUACCGGAACUGAGAACGCGUCUUUCCAGAGCCGCCCAGAAAGCACCAAAGACGGCGUCAUGCUUCUCGGCGUCAAGUCGUCAGGUGGCGAGGAGAACGCCACAAAAUGAAGAGGCCAAGCUGCUGUCCAGCCUCAAGUAAACUUUACAUGUUCACCUUGACCAAACAAAAUCCAAAGCAAUUUGGACAAUUGCCUUUAAAAAUAAAGUACUGUUUUUUUGUUUUGUUUUUUUAAAUUACUGUGUACAUCUUUGUGUGUAUAGAAGAGAGAGAAAAACUACACGCUGUUCGGAUAUUGAGAAUAUCUUUUUUGAAGAAUGAUUAAAAUAAAGCUUUUUAUUACUCAAA